GUGAGCUGUCAUUUUUCUAUUUUACGAUCAAUCAGUUUAUUUUCUAUAAUAAAUAAAAUAAAACAAUAAGAAAACAUGUUUCGAGCUAACAAUUUUGAUAAAUUACUUGAUAAAGCGACAAGUAAUCUGCGCUUGGAUCCCGAUUGGCCAACUAUCCUUCAAAUUUGUGAUCUGAUUAGACAAAAUGAUUGUUCGCCAAAAUAUGCAGUGGCCGCUGUUAAAAAGAAGCUAUAUGCACAGAACCCACAUCAAGCUAUGUUUGCCUUACUUACUCUAGAAAGUAUAGUCAAAAAUUGUGGCUCUGGAGUUCACGAUGAAGUGACAUCAAAGGCAUUCUGUGAAAUGCUACGUGACUUGGUAAAAUCUACUCAACAUGAAAAUCUGCGUAAUAAAAUUCUUGAGCUCAUACAGGCAUGGGCAUUCGCAUUUCGAAACUCACCAAAGUAUAGAGCUGUUCAGGACACAGUAAAUAUACUAAAAGCAGAAAGCUAUAAGUUCCCGCCAUUAAAAGAAUCUGACGCAAUGUUCUCUGCUGACACUGCACCAGAGUGGGCUGAUGGAGAAGUAUGCCAUAGAUGCCGUGUCGCAUUUUCACUGAUGGUCCGUCGGCAUCAUUGUAGAGCAUGUGGCCAAGUUUUUUGUCAGCAAUGCAGCUCCAAGACAUCAACUCUACCAAAGUUCGGUAUUGAAAAAGAGGUUCGCGUCUGUGAUGCAUGUUAUGAUAAAGUGAGCCGCCCACCAACUUCUUCUGCCAAACUGGAAAUUGUAGACAGUUCUAAUGACUAUGGACCAACACAGCCACAGAAGCGUCCUUCCGGCGGCGGUAAGACAGCUGAGGAGCUUCAAGAGGAAGAAGAGCUUCAGCUCGCGCUUGCCCUUAGUCAGUCCGAAGCAGAGCAGAAAGAGAAAGAGCGCAAGACUCGCUCUCACAUCGCGCCGGACCCCACUCCGCACCAUCCUACAUUGUCCCCGACGCCGUCGUCUAUGAGCGCAUCACCGGACCAUAGCGCGCAGGCGUCAUCGGAACUGUCCCGAUACUUGGACCGCAACUACUGGGAGCAGCGGCUGUCACGUGACACGCCCGCCGCCCCCACUGCUCCCUCCCCCUCUUCGCAAGCCUCGCAACCCGCGCAGUCCACAACCGAUGCUACCGAGUUGGAUUUCUCUAAAUCCGUGACCAAUAAAAUAUCAGAUGAAGAUGCUGAAGACAAAGAAAUAGACGAAUUUAUCGAAACAUUGAAGUCACAAAUAGAAAUAUUUGUCAACAGAAUGAAGAGCAAUUCCUCUAGAGGGCGCUCUAUCGCUAACGACACAUCUGUGCAGACUCUCUUUAUGAACAUGACCACCAUGCACUCACGUCUUUUACGUUAUAUACAGCAGCAAGACGAUAAAAGAGUCUAUUUGGAAAGUUUACAGGAUAAAGUGAAUCAAGUGAGAGACAGCCGUGCGGCUUUGGACACACUGAGAGCAGAGCACGCCGCAAGAUUGACCGCGCAGGCGGAAGCUGCCGAGCGACAGAGGCAAAUGCAGAUGGCCGCCAAACUACAGGCUAUGAGGAAGAAAAAGCAUGAAUACCUCCAGUACCAGAGACAACUAGCCCUGCAAAGGGUGCAGGAACAAGAAAGAGAAAUGCAGAUGAGACAAGAACAACAGAAGCAUCAGUAUAUGAUGUCUAACAGUGGCUAUUACAUGCCUGGUGCAAAUAUUUCACAAUAUCAACCCGGCUAUCCUAAUCAACCUUUAUACGCAAACCCACAAUUCCACCCGCAAAUGAUGCCACAAGCUACUACAGAUGCUUCUUUAGCUAUGCCAGGCCAACCUCAAUUUUCACAAGCCAAUAUGCAGAUGGGUACAAUAUCUCAGUCCGUGCCGCAAUUAACGAAUACAUAUGCUAUGGGUAACUCUGGCAUUAGCCAUGUACCGACAAGUGCUCAACAACCAAUGAAUCGGCCAACCUCUGGCCAACAGUUACCUAUGCAACAGCAAAUGCUAAUGCAUCAAAUGAGGAUUCCUGUUCAGCCUGGCGUACAUCAGAUGAUUCCACAAAAUAUACCUAAUGGUCAGAAUGUCCCACAACAGAAUGGCCAAACUAACCAGCUGCCAAAACAACCUAAUCAACAACAGCAACCGCCUAGUGGAAUGGUGCCACCAAUGUCUGUUGCACAACAAAAUCUAAGUCAAAUUCAAUCUCUUGUGACUCCAAACAAUCAAAUGGUAGGCAUGCAAAUACCAAAUAUGAGAAAUCCAAUGAUGACAGCAAACCAAUCUAAUGCUCAGGUUCCCGUUUCGGGUUAUCCAGUUAUGCCAAAUCAACAAAAUAAUCAACUUGGUUCUCAAGUACAACAAUCGCAAAUACCUAUACCUGGUCAACCCAUGAUGUUGCCUGGGCAACAAAUAAUGCAAGGACCGACAGCGUCUAGUCAACAUCAAAGUAUACCUAUGACUAACCAUAUUCCUACAAACCAAAAUGCACCAUCUCAGGCUUCACAGAUACCUACUUCCCAUGGACAUCAGUUACCACAACAAUCUCAAUCACAAAACCAACCAAUACCUACCACAGGACAACCUUUACAACCGCCAAACCAAAUGAUGAUGCAAGGAGGGCAACAAGUUUUAUCUCAAAACCAAAGUAUACCACAGCAAGGUCAAAUGCUGCCUCAAAACCAGAAUAUCCCUCCACAUGGUCAAAUAAAUCAAAUCUCUCCUGGUCAAAUGUUACCUCAUAACCAGGGCAAUCCUCAACAAGGUCACAUGAACCAAAUGCCUCCAGUUCAUAUGUUACCUGGACAACAAGGACAACCCUUAUCUCAUGGACAAAUGCAACACCUAAUGGCCGGAAGUCAAAUGUCCCAUGGACCUCAGACACAUGGUCAAAUUCCUCCACAGAUAGGACAAGGACAGCAACAACAUCAAUCUAUUCCUUCGAGUCAACCAAUGUCUCAAGGGCAACCGCUGCCUCAAACCAGUCCAAUGACUCAGGGUCAACCUGUGCAAAACCAAUCUAUGCCUCAAGGUCAACCCAUUACUCAAAAUAUUCCUGGGCAACCCAUGAAAGUACCACAAAACUUUGGAUUACAAGGUCAAGGCCAACAUGCACCACAAAAUCAUCAGGUUCAACAAGUCCAAACAUCUGUAAAAUCUGAAAACAACAACAAUACGGCAGAACUAAUAAGUUUUGAUUGAAAACAUGAUGUAUAUUUAGACCAGGCAAGAGUUAUAUUUGUUUCAAUGACUGUUAAACCUGUUUUAUCUUAAUUAAGAAAAGCAUGCAAUAAAUAUGUGCAUCUUAGAAAUUGUGUAAAUUGUGAAGUUCCAACCAAAAUAUUUGUAACAUGUAGAGUAUUUUAAAUUCCAGAUUUUACGAUAUAAUAAGGCUUUUACAAUCACUAACAUUAACCAUUAUUUAUACAAACAUUGCUGUAGUUACAGAUAAAUAUUUAGAUAUCACUAUUCAUCACGAUGUUUUAUUGUAUUUAUAACUGAUUUCACAUAAGUUUAGGUAUAAUGGAAGCACCUCACAUUGACCUAUGAUUGUAUAAAAAAUUCUAAAAUGCAAUAAGACAAAUAAUUGUAUAUGUAUUGUACUUACCUUUUCAUAUUCUUCAGUGACUAUAUUUUUUUACGAAAUGCUAAUACUUCUUGUUUAUUCGUCCUUCGUUAAUUGUUAUUUAUUAUGUAGGGAAACGGUUUAGCAAAUAUUUAAUCUUUGCAAUUAAAUACAAUUAUUUAAAUCAAAAUGUAGUAAAUUAUUUAAUUAUUUUAACCCAAUGCUACUAUGUGAGGCGCCAAUUUAGGUAUCAUCAUUAUUGCCUUGUAAUCUAUGUAAAUGUAAAAUGUAAAAAUUCAGUCGUUAGUAGUUAAAUAAAUUACAUUAUUAAUAUUAUAAAAGUUAAUAACAAUUUCAAAUAUGUGGGUUUUUAAUCCGACUACCAAACUGAGAGAUUCUCAUUUCCACACCUUUUUUAUAUUUGUUUAUUAUGCGGUACUUCCCGCAGUAUAUUAUUCCCGUAUUGGUCCCAAAUGAUUAAACUUAAACUUUAUGCGGAUUGGUGGUCGGAAUGCCUUUAUGGAACAAAUUGUACUGUUUUUUUUAUUAAUGAAUAGGUACUGGUAUUUUAUUUUUAUACUUAUAAGUUGUAUUAUAAUUAAUUAUAUCAAUAAAAUAUGAAAAUUCUUUGA